AUGCCGUCUACAAAUAAAAUGAAAUCAUGCGGACGUCGUAAACGACUACGUUAUUUUGAAUCCACUACAGAUUUAAUAGCACGGAAAUUAAUCACUUAUGGUGAAGAAUUCAAUCAUAAUCAAGUACAUACAUUGUUAUUAUCACUUAAAUCGCGUAAAUCAUUAGCACAUAGUAAACUACGCUGUGAACCAGAUGGGAUACGAUUAAAACGUGCUUCAAAAUUUGGUCCACCACCUCCAAGAAAAUUUUAUCCAUAUAAAGAUAUUGAACGAUAUUAUGUAUUUGAUAAUGAUCCUACAAUACUUAUAUUAGGCUGUGUUGAUCAUGAACAACAUAGUCGUUAUUAUGAUUUUUUUAAAUUACCUGAAUCCCAUUAUAAAGAUAUUACUACACUUAUUAAUAAAGCUAGAAGUCAUUCUGAUUAUAUAUUAAAUGAAGAUGAUACAACUUUACCAACACCAGGUGUAUAUUCAUCACAUUCUAGUUUGAAUGUAUCCAAUGAACAACUUUCACAAAAUAAUAUUUCUAUGCAAGAAACUAUAAAUCUAAAUCAGAAUAAUGAAGUACCUAUUGAUAAUUCACAACAAACAAGUAAUGACAAUAUAACUAAUGCUAGUAUUAAUAAUUUACAAAUGAAUGAUAAUUAUUCAUUAGAGAUUCAACAAAAUAUAGAUGAUACCGUACAAAAACAACCUAUUGAUAAAGAUGAUGUGAUUAUACAUGAUCAUGAUGAAAAUCAUCAAAAUUUAGAUGAAUCUAAAAUGAUUAAAUGUGAAUUUGAACCAUGUGAUGAACCAAUAGAAAAUAUGAAAAUAGUGGAUUAUACAAAAGUAUCAUCAACAUCAUCACAGCCUAAUAAUCAGAAAGUGAUCCACGAAAAUAGUGAUGAUGAUCAUGAUGAUGAUAAUAAUAAUAAUAAUAAUGAUAAUGACAAAAAUAGUUUAAAAAUCAAAUUUAAUGAAUUAAAAGAAAAAGAUAAAACAUUUGCAAAAUUAACGGAAAAUAUCAAUGUCAAUGAUUUAUCAGCUGUAGAUUUUCGUUAUGUUUCAACUAAUCCUGAUCAAGGUAAUCGUAUUGUUGAUAAUGGUGAUAUUUAUAUAUUUAUUGCACAUUAUAAAAGACCAGAAAAUAUUAAGAAUUUUAUUGAUUAUAAUAAUUAUAUUGAUGAAACUGAAACUGAACAACAAAUAGCUGAUAAAAUUUAUAAGAAACAUCAUAGUACAGCGGAUAAAUCAUUUUCUUUACGUUACAUUUAAAAAAUAAUGUUUUUUGAUGAGAAACAAAGAAAACCAGAAGAAAAAGAGGAAGAAGAAGAAGAAAGAAUCGUAAAUUUAUCACUAAAAGAAAAGAAAAAACAAAAAAAGAAAAAAACAUAAUUAUUUUUGUCUUUCACAUAUCGAUUUUAAUCAUUAUAACGCUUGUAGUAAUAAAAACAUGUAAGUUUUGCUUUUCUUUCUUUCUUUUUUUCUUUUUGCUACUUAAACUUGAAAAAUUAUAAAAAAUUUAUUUUGAGCUUAUUUUACUCAUCAUAUGAAAUGAAAUGAAACUAAGCGAUUACAAUAAAGAUAUGCCCAUGUUCUUUUUUCUCUACUGAUAUGAAACAAUGUGCUUUAUCAGAAAUAGUAUGCAUAUAUAUAUAUAUAAACCAUUAAAACAAUAGAAUCAAAUGUAAUCAAAUGUUUUAAACAAUUAUUUAGUAAAUCUAUUCAAAAUAACUCUCUAUAUAUAUGUGUAGAAAUGAAUUAUUGCAUCAUUUGAUUGACUGCAUACAUUGUAUGUGUUACUACUUUGUUUAAACAAAUUAGCUGAUAUCAUCAUAUUAGCUUAUUAUUAUUAUUACUACCAUUGUUUCUUUUAUUUUAAUUAUAUACUGAUAAUCAUAAUAAUCAUAAUAAUAAUUGUCAUUAACUAUGAUUAAGAAUUUUACAUUGACUUUAGUAUUCUUUAUUUUCAUAACUUGAAGUAACUAUCAUUAAUAAUUAAAUGUUAGAACGAUACAUUAAAUAACAAUUCAUAUAUACAUAUGUAUAAGCAUAGCGUAGAAUUAUGAAGUACUAAUCGAAACUUGUGAAAGAUCAUAAGUUAUAUAAAUUUAUAUAAUAUAUACAACAACUAAAUUGAUCAUUAUAACGCUUAUUGUCAACAGUGGAAAAUGAAAAAAAAAUGUAUUCUGGUGCCUAGUGAUUAACUUAUUAUCUGGAUUUUUUUCACUUGCCCCCCCCCUCCUUUCUAUAUAUAUAUAUACCAAAAAAAUUUAUUUAUUUAUUUA